CCCAUCAUCACAAGAUCGCCGCUAUUUCUACCAUUGUCUUGCCUGUUGAUUGUUCGCCAUGGGCAAGAUGAAGAGGGCGCCAGCCACAGUGGCACCACAGAAGAAGAGGAAGAAACAGUCCUAUCCAGAGCAAGUAGCCACUGUGUCAAUUCAUCUCGCCGAGUUAUGCAGCAGUUUCAGGGCGGCCGAAUUGAAGCUGGAAGCCUUCAAGGGAGGGCUGCCUCCACUGCCGUUGUCUGCCGUGGCGGGCACAAUGGUGGAUCCACUGGCUACAAUCCUCGAAAUGCAGAGGGGAACUAAAGAUGGCCUUUAAGAUCACCGUGGAGAGGGUCGAAGUGAUGUCUCGCAUCUACGGGUUACCACUCCCAGCUGGGCUCUCCUCCAUGACAAAUGAACUUUGAUUCCGACGGGUGAUUGACCUCUGGAUUUAGCUAUAGAAAUCUGGAUGAAAGAGUCUGGGUCUGUACUUUCUCGUUCUAUGUCAUCGUUGUAUUGAGUUUUACAGUGCAGUGUUUGAUGUGGAGUGAUCACCUUCACAUGGGUAUAUCGUUUCUCCUGUUCUUAUUGUAUGAAGUCUGGAUGGAUAUCCGGUCGGUCUAUCUCUUCUCGUUUCUCUUACCAUGUGUAGGUUUCGUAACUCUUUAUGCCGAGAGAAAUUUCACGUACAUAUAUCAAGCGUGAGUAUGAUGCAUCUACAGCUCUUCAAUAUUACGUUCGAGAUUAUAAUGCUCUGUAUGCAGAUCUUAAUACAUGAAUGAAAUGCGA